AUGAGCCACGCAGAGCGCGAUGCAAACGCACGCGAACGGUCAAACAAUGAAGGGAAUCUGGAAACUCAGAUCAACUUUGCGAAUCUCCCGUUCAGUGCAACGACAAAGUACCUUAUCCAAAACGGUUUGGAUGUACGGUAUCCCCCCCGCGACUUGAUACAAGACCCACGCACGGAAGGGGCUGCCCACUCGAGUCCCGCGGCCGAUAUAGACCCUGUGUCGGAGUAUGCAGAAGAAGAGCAGCGCGGAACAGCGUUGCGCCGCACGCGCGCAGCGGGUCGUUUGCGUGACGACGAAAAAGAGGACAGUGCUUCCGAGUACUUUGAUAAAGAUGAUGCUCACACUACGCUCUCGAAUGUGGCUACGGAGCACUAUGCUGCAAUUCCGCUUCCCAAAGAAAGCGACGUGAUUGUCGGGUUCCUGCACCGGUGCCGAAUGGGUGGUACGUGGUGCUGA